AUGGACUUGCAGUUCGUGCCGGAGGUCAAGAAGGCCUUGCUCGCAACUGUGCCUGGAGGUCUGCGACAGGCAGAUCAGGAGGUGCUACGCAGCUACUACAAGCUGCCGCGUGCAGCACUGCACGGGCUUGUGGUUUCUGCCGAGCAGGAGAUGUCUGUUCUAGGCGAAUCUUACGUGGACCCUCGGUUGGGGCCCUUUGCCGGCAUGGAACCACAAGAAACAGUAAGCCUGUUUAUGCACUGCUUAGCAUCCGGCACGGUCGCGAUCCAUGCCAUGGCGACAAUACCCUUUGCCGGAAACUCCCAGGAUGAAGACGAAGCGCAGCUGCUUUUGCAGCUAGAAUCUGGGAAUCAGGCAGACCGAAUCCAAGCAUCCCGCCGGUGGCACAUACCACUGGCUUUGGUCGUCCUACUGCUCUUUGGGUCAGUUGCAUGGUUCCGGCACGCUCCUCUGGCCUUCGGCGAAGCCAAGGGCCAGGACCGACCUGUGAUUCAGGAAUUUUCGAGCGGUGUCAGCGACUACGAUCAGAUGCCAGCAAGUGAUGGUGCCAGCGACUACGACCCAUGGUCAGAUGCGACUUGGGAGCAGGAUCAGAGGGGCGAAGUUGUCACGCGUCCGGGACACCAGUCUGCAUACCGCGGGUACGGCGACGCGGACGAAGACUGGGAUGGUUCUUUCGCAUCAGACGGAGACGGUGACUGGGCGGAUACAUCUACCUCCGCAUCAGACGGAGACCGUGACCGCGCGGAUACAUCUACCUCGGAGAGAGGUCGAGACACUGCAGGCACAGAUGACACAUCGCAAGACCAAGAUUCUGACGGAGAUGGGAUGGAGGGAGACAUCUCUUGGGAAUAUUGGAAUCGCUCACACCACCAAGAGGAAAGUACAACGACUCCUGCGACUGCAACGACCACUCAUGUGACUGUACCUCCAUCUGGCCCUCUGCCUGCCACACAUACAUACUCCAACAACUAUGCAUCAGACAACCCCUUGGGAAUCGAGAUGUCCAGAGCCGGCCGAGACAUGAGCUACUUCCUGAUCCUUGGUGACUGGGGCAAAGCUGGCGGCCCUGGCAGCUGCCAGAAGGCCGUGGCAGCCCAACUGCGAGCCUACGCCGAGAAGCAGGCGUUGGGAUCGAAGAAGCUGCUGUUCAUUGCGUCAGUCGGGGACAACUUCUAUUGGACUGGGGCAACUCCAGAGGCUUGGGACGCCGUAUGGUCCCAGCCCUACGGCAUUCAAGAUCCUAACUCACCAGUUUACCAAGUUCCGUGGCUUUCUGUGUAUGGGAAUCAUGACUAUGGAAACCAUGAUCCAUAUGCUUUCUGCCCGCACAAAGACGAAUCAGCUCAGAGAACUGUCAUCAAUGGACAGGCAUAUGCAAGCCACCAGCUGAACUUUGACAAGAAUCCGAGCCGCCCUUGGGGCACCGAGAUGUAUUGGCUUCCAGAUUACAACUAUCACUACGCCAUCCCGAGUGAUGCCCACGCAGAUGUGGAGGUCAUAGCGGUGGACACCUCCGCUCGCCUCAACCCCGAAGAUGUCGGCGGGAACCCACGAGGCCGAGCCUCGGCCGAUGCGCUUUGCGGUGGUCGCGCUGUGGCCCAAACCUUCCUCAACAAGACCUACGAAGCCGGUCGUCGGCUGGUAAUCGAACGGGCGAAGAAGAACAAAGCUGGGACGGUUCUGAUCAUCCAGCACUACCCUCACUUCUGCCCGAGGGAUCUUUUCGAAGACUCUCUCCCAGCUUCACGCAAGGGCAAGGUCAAAGUGCUCUGUGCAUAUGGACAUGUCCAUGACCAGAAGUGUGACAAGAAGGACGAAUCUGGCAUGUGUCUUGACAUUCUGUCCGGUGGCGGAGGCGGCUGCUGUGCCCCCUUGAUAAAUCGGGCGGGCUUCGCAGCAGUGCAUCUGGAUUCGGGCAGUGGCGUGGCUGCCGUGGAUGUCGAAUCUCCGGAAGUGCGCCUGCCAGAGGGCAGUUGCGCAUGGUAG